UACGAGCCACAAAUAUUUUUUUGCGGCUUUUCAGUUUUUGUUGCAAAGAGUAAAUAUGGAAGUUAAAUGUUGAGAAUUCUAAGAUCUUCAAUUCUACACCGUUAUCAGUAUAUAAAAUCAAGUAACUUAUCAAAAAUCCAUCAAGUUUGAUCACAAAAAAUUACAUAUUACCUCUAAUUCAUGUGUUCCUUUGCCUACAGAAAAAAUAUUAGGUAGUCUUUAGAUAUGGAAGGUGAACAAUUCUCACUGUGUUGGAAUAACUUCCACAAUAACUUGAGCUCAGGAUUUCAUGCUCUCUAUAAGGAAGAGGAUUUAGUUGAUGUAACUCUAGCAGCUGAAGGAAAAUACAUUAAAGCUCACAAAACUGUAUUGUCAGUUUGCAGUCCUUAUUUUAAAGAGCUGUUUCGAAUAAAUCCUUGUAAACAUCCUAUUGUCAUUCUUCAAGAUGUAAAUUACACUGCUUUAUGUAGUUUACUUCAGUUUAUGUACCAGGGUCAAGUUAGUGUUAGUCAGGAAGAGAUUCCCACCUUUAUGAGAGUAGCUGAGACGCUCAGAGUCAAAGGUCUCACAGAUAAUGGGUCUCCUAAUCUCGAUACAAAUGGUAUGAACAGCUUCUCGGACCAAAGAAAUAUGAUGAAAAAACCAAUGAAACCUGUGAAGAAAGUUAUGAGGCCUAUUCAACAACUGCAUAGACCCUCCAGUAGUCCAAUUCCAAGAGCUGUUAAAUCACCUUUGCCUUCUUCGUCGACGCCUCCGGCUAAAAAAAUGCAUUUGGAGGAACAAUCAAUACCAAAAACCGCCCCUUUGGCCUCAAAGCCAAUUCCUAGUAUACAACAACAACCACAACAACCAAGUCUACAACAUUCCCAAUCUCAGAAUUCUCCACAUUACAUGGAUUACAAGGAACCCCUGAUCAAACCAAAGAUGGAGCCUUUGGAUCAUCCUGAUGACGAUGAUAGCACCCAACAAUCGUUUGACGAGGAAGCUUUUGACAUGAAUGCGUUGAUGGCUCAGUCGCUGGAAACGGGGGAUCGUUCGAUGGAAUCGAUGCCCCCUGGCUGGACACCAGAUAAUGUCAAACCUCCUGAUACCUCUAGCCCAGGCACCAUUCAGUGCAUCCUGGGUAGAAGAGGAAACCCCCGAUUGAUCGUAGACGGCCAUGUGUUCUACAAAAAGAGCACGUACAAAGGCAAAGCCUUCUGGUAUUGUAAGAAUAGUCGAACGCCCGACAAAUGUCAAGCGGUGUGUUGGACCAUGAACGGCAAUAUUGUGAAAUGGCCUUAUAUGCACACCCACGCCGUUAUACCGGAUGUUUUUAAUCCCGAAGAAGAUACCGAAGUUCCUAUUGAAAAUCUACAAGAAGUAUUGUGGCAGACUUCCCUAUGAACUGAACCGUUCAUACGUUGAACAAGACUUAGGCUUUAAUGUUGGACUGUUGAUUUUUGUUGAGAACGCCGAACAAAUCUGAGAAAGAUCUUGAAUCGUUUUUUUUUUUUUACUUUAUUCGUGUUGCAAUCUUGAAGAGGUAUAAAAUUUCCAAUUGUAAUCAAAAUUAUUUUUACAAAGUUCCAAUGGAUGUUUGGUCCGUUAAUUAUUGAUACUUUGAAAUGUAGGAAAAUAUCUUUUAUUUUCUCCCUUUUUAUUUAUUUCGUAAUGAUUUUGGUGAAGAAUGCAAAGUAUUAAGUUUUUCUUUCGUUGAUGAAGCAAUGGAUACUGAAUUAUCCCAAAACUGGAAAAAGUGAUCUUGAAUUUGUAUUAAAUAUUUUUAAGAACUGAUUGUUAGUGAUAUGAAAACCAUGAUCGAUUUUUUUUACCUAUAAUUUCGGUUUAGAAUUUAUGUAAUAUAUUUUAUGUUUCUUACUGCUAUUAUUGUAUUCAGUAAUACGAAUACACCCUGGACUUAUAUAAUUGAAUUAUAUUGAGUUUUAAUUGAGUAAUCGAGAACUGAAAUAAAAAAGUUUUACUAUG